AUGUUUCUAUCCACAAUCAGACGAGAUGCCGUAAGGCAUUCCUUGGCGAGAGUUAGAUCGCCAAUUUUUUUCAAAGCCAGCAAAAGAUCUGUAACGUCGAGUGUUGACUGGAAACCUAUCAAAAGUACGAAGACACCUAAUGACAAGACUCAAAACAGCAGUUUCACCAGAAUGAUAUUCUUGGGGCUCAUGAUUGCGAUGCCCGCCGUCUCAUUUUAUUUGGGAUCUUGGCAACUGCGCCGUCUGAAAUGGAAGACCAAUCUAAUUGCGUCUUGUGAAGAUAGACUGACGUAUCCUGCAAGUCCAUUGCCCAAAUCUUUCGGACCCGACGACGCUGAAAAUUGGGAGUACCGUAAAGUUACUAUCGAAGGCGAAUAUCAACAUGAUCAAGAGAUUUUCGUUGGCCCUCGAGUGAGAAACGAGGUCAAAGGCUACCUGCUGUUUACACCAUUUGUGCGGAAAGACACGGGAGAAAAACUACUUGUUGAAAGAGGAUGGAUAAGCGAAGACAAAGUAGUGCCAACGAAAAGAAGAUUGCUGCAUUUGUCUCUUCCCACCGGUAACAUCAAAAUCGAAUGUCUUGUACGGGUAGCGAAGGAUAAGGGCACGUUUCAGUGGGAUAAGGAGGAUCGGAAUAGUAGGCUAUGGCAGAUCGUCGACUACCCAGACAUGUGUGCGGCGUGCGGUGCAACCCCGCUACAUCUUCAGGCCCUUUACGAUCUGAAAGAUCAUGACUGGGAACACGCCGGGUUCGAAGAUAACGGGACCACCAAGAGUUCUCGAGCAUCGUGGUGGAAGUUUUGGCAAAGAUCUAACACCGGCUUUACCGCAAAGUCUGACAGCAACUCCAAACUGGCGUCUUCUGACGACGUUGAGUUUAACGAGUGGCAACUUGCCAAGGCCGGAGUUCCAAUUGGUAAAGUCCCCAAGAUUGAUUUGAAAAACAACCAUCUGCAGUACUUAGUUACCUGGUACGGUUUGUCAUUCCUCAGUUCCAUCUUUUUGAUUGUGGCCUUGAGACGCAAUCGUGGUGGCGCGGUCUCUCAAGAACAAUUGAAACGCGACAAAUUGAGACAUGCCAGAAAAAACAUGUGA